AUGGUCGUUCCGUCAGCUCUGCUGCCUCGUAUCAAACCAGACAACCAAGAUGCCGUCGAUGCUUUGUCUAGCGAUAUUGGCGCUAACCUGUCACUUGCAGAGUUUUGCUUAACCGCCCGAUCGGGUCAUCCUCAGACGCAUCGGAGGUUGGACGAAGCGCGAUUUCACCAGGAUGAGCAACAAAUAUAUGCAGAUGUUGUGAAUACGAGGGGUGCGCAGAAAAAUGACUUUGAUUAUAGGCAACAGGUGGCCGUGGCCGAAAGCCAAAGUAAGUGUGGAAAUUCACUUUUGCCAUGUUAG